AUGAGUUAUUUCUAUGAGGAAUUAUUGCCUAGGGAGCGUCAAUUUGUUGAAAUGAUGUGUAAUGGAGAAUUUUUGCAAAAAGAUCCAGAUGAGGCCAUAGAUUACCUAGAUGACUUAGCUGAAAAAGCUCAUACGUGGACUAGACCUAGCGCCACUGAGAGUACUAAUAGGUCACGACCUAUUGGAAACCUGAAUAGCACAGGUAUUUAUCAUCUUAGGAAGGAAGACAACCUCAGAGCAAAGAGGAAACAUUAUGUCAAGAAAACUACUUUCUUGACUAAACAAGUGAGUGGGGUAAUUGAGCAAAAGAUUCUACCCAAGUAUAAGGACACUGGUUGUCCCACUAUGUCUUGUACCAUUGGGAACCAUGAGUUUGUACAAGCUCUUCUCGAUUUAGGGGUUAUUGUCAAUUUCAUGCCUUAUGCUAUAUACUCAGUGUUAGGUCUAUGCGAGAUCAAACCUACUUCUGUGGUCCUGAUUCUCAUUAUUCUUGGUAGACCUUUUCUUGUCACAACUAAUGCUCUUGUUAAUUAUAGGAAUGAUCUAACGAAACUAUCAUUUGGGAACAUGACCUUAGAAGUCAACAUCUUUCACAUCAUGAAGCAACCCGAGGAGGAUGAUGAGUAUCAUCAAACAUUCAUGAAUGAUGAUUAUGGAAUAUCACUGGUGUUUAUCUCCAAUGAGUUUGGUGGAAUGCAAAGAAUAUUGCAAAUGCCCUGGCUAGAUGCGGACUGA